GCCUGCAGGGAUGAUGAUGGCUACAAGGAGAGAGCUUCCCUGGAGAUUGCCGCAUCAUCGUUUUUCUGAGGCCAUCCCCGCUGAUGGAUGAUCUGCUUGGCUUCGACCUCCUCGAGGAUGACCACCAUGAGGAUGGUUAUGAUUAUGAGUAUGAGCAUCAGCCGGACACCGCCCUCUCUCUCAACCAUCGGCUGCAAGAUGAGCUCCUGGCCUUCAAGGACGCCAUCAGCGAGCAAAUCGCCCAGAACGAGGCUACUCAGCGGCGCCUGCAGCAGUGGCUCGUCGCAGCCAAGGAGAACGAACGGAAGCGAAGGCAUCCAGGCCGAUAUGUCCCUCCCGACUCACUGCUCAGCUCGAUAGCGCGUGACGGCUCGGCUCUCCCGACCAACCCCGAUGCAGUUGCCAAGCGGCAGCUCAAGGAGGGCAUCCCCGUGAACCCGAGAGCUGGUGGCGGGCCGGCGGUCUGGACGACGGUCGAGAAGACGGUCUUGCGGAAGAUCAUCGUGAGCCAGCUCAAGGCGCAGGUGCUGCAGGAGGCCAUCGACAGGGAGCAAGCCACCAUCCCCAAGCCGGUCAUCCCGCUCGGCACACCCGCGCCCGCGGCGUCCUCUCUGUCAGCCGCCCUCAAGAGCUACCAGGACCGGGUCAACGGGAUGGACCUGCCGGCCCUUCUGCAGGAGCUGCGCGGCCCAAUCGACUGGGCUCAGAUCGCUUCUCGGUACCUCUUCCGGAUCGACGCUGGAUGGGAGCAGGAGAAAGCUGAGCAGAAGGAGGCGUACGAGCAGUAUCUCAAGAAACGCGGGUCGUCUUCUCGCGGCCGCAGGCGGAAGCAGAAGGAGAAUGACUGUGAGGGGUCUGACGGUGAGGGGGCUGAGGAGGAGAACGACGAGGCGGGUGGUGUGGGUGGUGGUGUGAAUGGGGAGGCCUAUGGCGAGAAUUUCCUGAAGGGCAAGCGUCCGCCGACUCGGAGGGAGGAGGACUGCCAGCAGUGCUUUGAGCACUUCCUCGACCCGGACGUGGUGCGCACCAAGUGGACGGGAGCCGAGGACAAGAAGCUCCUGGAGCUCGCCACACACUACAAAGGGUGCAGACGCAGCCAGCACACACACACAGAGGGGGCAGGGGGGAGCUCCGUGUGUUGAAAUGGUGCGGUGUGGUGUGGUGUUGUUCGUAGUCAUUAUUGGGAUGAGGUGGCCCGUGAGCUAGGCACCGGCCGAACCGAGUACCAAUGCCUCGUCAGAUACCAACGAAGCCUCAACAGAAGUAAACACACACACACAGAGAGAGAGAGAGAGAGAGAGGCUCUCUGAGAUCCGUGUGUCUGCCUGUGGUGCGCGUCCUGUGUGUGGUGUGUCCAUGUGUGUGUGUGUGUGUGUGUGUGCAGAUUUAGUGAAUCGUCCGUGGACCGAGGCCGAGGACGAGCAUCUGAAGGAGCUGGUGGCCACCUACGGCGACAGCAACUGGCAGACCGUGGCCAACCUGCUGUCCAACAGGACACGAGAGCAGUGCAUGGCCAGAUACAACAAGACGCUGCGGGUCAGGGCGGCAGGGAUGGAGGGAGAUACACCACCCACACAUGUGAGUGUGUGUGUGUGUGUGUGUGCAGCCUGGUCUGAGGGGCGGCAAUUGGAGCGCCGCUGAGGACCUGAAGCUGCAGCUGUUGGUGGAGGUCUACGGUCGAGGCAGCUGGUCCAAAAUCGCCGCCCACAUGCCAAACAGAAACGACCAAAAGUGCCGCGAAAGGUCACCCACCCCAGCGCCUCACCACAUCCCAUCGGCAUUACGUGCUGUGCUGUGUUGUGUUGUGUUGUGUUGGGUAAGGUAUGAGAACCUGUUGGCCCCGGAGAAGAAGAAGAGCCCCUGGUCGGCACAGGAGGUCACAAAGCUCCUCGACGCGGUGGCGAACCACGGCCCCGGCAGCUGGAGCAAGAUCAAGGUGCGUUGCCACUCACUUAGCCCCACAGGCACAGGCACAUCGACGGGGUGCUGUGUGUUGUGUGUUGUGUGUUGUGUGUCGUGUAGGCUCAUGUGCCAGGCCGGACGGACGCCGAGUGCCGCAUCAAGUGGGAGACGGUGGUCGACAUCAAGGACUACGACAAGUACUACGAGCUCCACCAGAGGAAGAAGGUGCUGCUCGCCAGAGGCCAAAAGUAAGCGGCCGUUAACGGCAUACACCACACACGCACAUCCAUCCAUCCAUCCAUCGAUGCGCGUAUGCAGGCCCGCCGACCGCCCCCAGCUGGCCGUCACCGACCUGGAGACCGACCGGAAGGCCCUGAGGAAGGCCUUCAAGCAGGUGACCAACGUCAAGGACUUCGCCGACGACAUCAAGCGGCGGAGGGACCUGAAACGCGACAGGGAGCAGGCGGGCCUGUCAGAAGGUGACGAGCAACACGAAGAGGAGGGUGAGAAAGAGGGCGACGAGGAGCAAGUCAUCCUGGAAAAGGCCAAACAGACUGCAGAGUAAGCGACCUGACGACAAGAGAAGACACCGAGGGCACCGAGGCUUCGCGCUUGUGGAUGUGUGUGGGUGUGUCCAGGUCUCUGCGUCACAAGACGUUGGCCCGGACUCUGGGCGACCACUACCGCGACCGCCGGAGCCAGAGCAAGAAGCUGCGGCUGGUGCUGCCCGCCCUCAAAGUAAACCCCAGCACACACAGCCAACAAAACAGACAAUAAUAAGAGGACACGCCACGUCGAUCAUACCGGGGUGGGUUGGUUGGGUUGGCUCGUUGCUAUGUCCGUUCUCUAUCCUCGAUCAAGGGCCCCUCUACCAUGCAAGUCCGGGCUAUCAUCGACAAGAGACGCAACAAAGAAGACGGCGACGAUGACGACGAGGAGGAUGCCGACACGGACAGAUCACCGACCACCCCCUCCCCCCUCCCCCGCAUCGGCCUCAAGGCCAACCCAUUCGCCGUGGACAUCACGCGGCAGGCUCUCAUCGAAGGCGCCCGAGCAGCCAAGGCCCUAGCGGCAGCUCAACCAACGGCCAAGGACGAGAAGGCCGAGCCGCCAGGGCGAGCGCCGCCAGCCAUUCUCCGUCCCCCUUCCCCUCCCCUCUCCCCCUCUUCCCCCUCUCCACCGCGGCUGUGCAACAUGCCCCCCUCCGCUCUGGACACAGCCGCAUCCUCUCAGUCGAAUGCGGGCCGGCGUGUGCAUCCCAGGUGUCUGGCUGUCAAGAACGAGGUCAAGAUAGAGCGCCGGAUGACCCGGAACUUGGCCAAGGCUAUCAAGGCUGAGAGGGAGGCCCAGGAACACCGGCAGCAGAAGUGGCAGCUGCUGGUGGAAAGCCAGCAGUGGGGGAACGCCAGUGGUGCUGUGCCGUUUGUGUCGUCCUCUGUGCCUGUGACUGAGUGAGUGAAUGUGUGAGCUACUGACAGGAUGCGGUGCAGUCUGUAAGGCAUGCACAUUGUGAUUGACGACAGCCAGGCGAUUGAGCAGGCUGCUGAUGCAUGUCCAUCAAGCGUUUUCGACAAAUAGUGAUUACCAGCUGGCCAUUGGUGUGAGCGAAUCUGUUCAUUGAAGAACACACGACGCGACGCAGAGGCAUCUAGACUUAAAGUUACAUGUCAAUCUCAGAC